GUGACUCACGACAACGAAGUCGCAAUUGAAAUCGCGAGGAAGCUAUCUUAGCUUAGCUGGUUAGCCAGCUACUAACUUACUGACUUGCUUGUUUACUUGCUAACUAGCUAAGUAGGUAAGUAAGUAAGUAAGCAAGCAAGCAAGUAAAUAAGUAACGAAAUACUGCUAAUUUUGUGAAGCCCAGAUGGCGGUCUUUGCUUCCUUUCCGAGGUAGCCGUUCUCAUAUGCUCAUAGUAUUUACAAACACCACAACAAGACGUUUAGACUGUUGGAUUUGGGCUUAAACAGCAGUCCGAUGGAGUGGUUUAUGUUCCCCGACGAGCAGAGCCGUACGACUGGCAACCCAAAUCUCGCUUCGCACUCAGAAGUUCCCCAGGCCAGUGUGGAGAACAUGGUGUCUCUGUGUGAGAGCCAACAGCAGUAUGUGAAGGCCUCCAUCGUGUCUCACUGGCAGCUGGUGGAGGCGCAGGACCAGCUGGGCGGUCUGGAGCUGCACAGCAGUGAGUCGGCGGAGCAGGCCCACGCCCGAGCACUCGCCUCCUCUGCCCACAUCUCCCAGGCCGAGCAAGAGUGGAGGCUGAAGGAGAGCAUGCUGGGGGUGGAGGCUGACCCCCGCUGCAGCCCCGUGCUCGGCCCGGAGGUGGACCGCGGCGGGUUCGAUAGGAGUAUUAUAAAUGAUCCUCUGCCGAGUGAAGCGGAUUCCGACAACAGUUUACCAUUUGUACAGAGGCAUGAGCAACACCUGAAACAUUUUGGCAUGCUGCACAGGUGGGACGACAGUCAACAUUUUCUGGCCCAGUUCCCCCACAUCAUCCGGGAGGAAACGGCCAACUACCUAAUCUUAUGGUGCUUUCGUCUCUACGCUGAAAAUAAAGGGGCACUAAUGGAGCAGGUGGCACACCAGGCAGUUGCCAUGCAGUUUAUCCUGGAGAUGGCCCGCAACACACAGCAAGACCCGCGCGGCUGCUUCCGCCAGUUCUUCCAGAAAGCCAAAGCAGGGCAGGAGGGUUAUCUGGACGUCUUUCAAACAGAGCUCGAGGCCUUCAAGCACAGAGUGAGGGAGUACGCCGUGAAGUCUAACCGGGACCGUCCCAAAGGGCCGGAGCAAAAGGACACGCUCCCCAGCUGUCGUCUUGACCCCAGAGAAGUCUUGGAGUCCCUGCCUCCCGAGCUAAAGGCCUGUAUCCAGUCACAAGACAUGCACAUUCUCCAGAAUGUUCUUAGCACCAUGAAUCCACAGGUGGCGGAGUAUCAUAUAAAGCGGUGCUUGGAGGCGGGGCUGUGCGCGACCCCAGGAAGAGGCCCAAAGGAGGAUGACUGGGAAACGGAGGAGCUGAAGAUGAUGGAGAUGUCCUAGGGCAGGAGGUGAGGGUGUCGGGGACGUCCUAGCGCAGGCAACCCACUCCCACCACCGCCCCCGCUGGGGCUUCGGCUUACACGCCACUGAUCUCAGAACUGCGACAGACGGCAGCCGUCUAGCACACCCGCUUCCACCCAGUGGGCCUUGUAGAUCAGCGGCCUCCUAGAGACUCAAACGCAGGAGCACGGCCUCGCUUUCUCACUUCGGAAGUUUACGUUCAAAGAAAACACGGCAGUAGACGUCUGAGGAAAGGGGCUGCGCUCACAAACUUGGGGCUUUUUAGUUUUGUAUCAAUGGCUGAAUGCGUGCUGCACUUUAUAUUUGAUUAAGAUUAAAGUAUAUAAAAAUAAAGGCAGGGUGUUUUGUUU